GGCUUUUGACAGCAAGCAUCAUUGACACAACUGACAGCCAUGCGUUCUUGUGUACCAUGCUUUUGUGUUUGGUAAAUUUCGGCUAGAAGGACAGCAGCAAUUCCGAACGACCAUUGAACACCGCAAAAAGCAGGAUGAAGUUCGCGUCUACCAACGCAAAGUGUACCUCGUACACGGAAAAACAUAUUAUAUAUGUUGGGGCCCACACCGGAUCCUUUAAACGAAUCGAUGCAUACGCCGACGAUCCUUUCAAACAGCAAAAUCUGCAACCGAUUGAUGUGCUGAACAAGACUUCGAAGAUUACCUGCAUGGAAUUCGGUAAUGCCGAACGUACCCAGCUGCUGAUCGGGCGAGCAAACCGCUGUGUGAAGGUAUUCGACUGUUUAACGGAAGAAAGCAUAUCGAACUUUGAGAUUGGCACCAGCGAGGUAGUUGGUCUCGGCAGAAGCAACGGUUGCAUUGUGGUUGGAUGCGCUGAUGGAACGGUGCAAGUCGUGAAGUACUCCGAACCGGUCAAAUUUAGUGUCGGAGAGAAUCUUUUCCGUUUGCGCCUCUGUCCAGAGGAUGAGAAUCGCAUGGUUACGGGCGGCAAGCAGCUGAAGCAGAUCGUUAAGCUCUGGGACCUGGAAACGCAAAAGGUUCUGUUCCAGGCCAAAAACGUAAAGAAGGUGUUAGAAUUAGAGCAGCUCGUGUGGGACAAUGAUGUGGUGUGCGUGAACCGCAAUCUUAUCGCUGCCUGCUCCCGGCAUGGAUAUGUUCGACUGUACGACACACGAGGCCCGACGAGACGACCGGUUCAAGAUUUCACCUCGAAUGACCCCGAUGGUCAGCUCGCGUUUUCUUGUUUGGCAUCCCACGGCGAUUAUCUUUACGCUGGCACGACCACUUUCGGAGCGAGAGCAUUCGAUAUACGGCGCAUGAAACAUCAUAUUCACGUAUAUAAAGGAUUCACCGGAACGGUUACAUCGAUUCGGACUGAUCCGUCUGGAACCCACCUAUUCACGGGAUGUCUCGACCGAUAUGUGCGUGUACACCAUGCUCACCGAACGGCGCUAGAGUACCGAUGCUACGUAAAAUCCAAACCGACGCAGGUAUUGGGAAUUGAAUGGAACGAAAAACAAAAUGCAGCCGACGAGAUGACCAACGACGAUAGCGUUCAAAUUCUAUCAAACGAUGAUGGAUCCGAUCCCGAGUACGAUGAUAUGUUUUCCAAAAUGGCAACGGUCAAUGAAAGAACGGCAGCAGGGUUGAAGAAACGCAAAGCAAGCAUAGCAGUGGCAGAAACCCGGUCGGUUCGCGUCAAUACAAAAGAGCAUCCCAACGAAACAAACGGCAAGAAAGUGCGAAUGGACAAAUAAAGUACCGCCAUUCAACCAUUCUAAUACGUUUAAAAGUAAAUUAAAUUUGCCAAUAAGUUGCAUCUGUUACCACACUUCAUUAAAUUGGUUGGAUUUCCAAAAUUCCGUUAUUUUCGACCUGAAAUAGAGACCAAGUGCUGGAUUUUUGCCAUUGGCGGAGUAGUUUGUUGCUCUGUUACUGUUGUUUCAAACUUACGAUGCGGUACGAUUGCGCUCGAUUUUCGGAUCAUCUUUACUUCACAUCGUACAAACAGUUUACGGGUAUUUUAAUUCUUUCAUUGUUUAUCUUUAAAAUGUACAUGUUUUGGCCGACUACGUACCUUGCCUCACUUGCCUUAUGAUUAUUAUUACGCGCUACGCUGCUUACGUCGCUGAUUCUAAACAAAAAAAAACAGGGGGGUUCUUUUUCCUAUAUAAAAUCUAGCUCUAUAACCUUUGCCGGGGGCCUUUCGCCGGCCUUGCGCUAA